AAAGUUUACCACUCUUCAAACAACACAAAGAAAAGAAAUUUCCUAGUUCCCCUGGUAAACACAGAGAUAUACUUUUCCUUCCCUAAGCAGGAGAAUAGGAAACCCUAAUUUCUGUUAUACUCAUCGCCAUUAAUGGCGGUGAUCAAACGUAAUUUGGAACCACUUACUACUUCAGAACUUAAACAGAAUGGGGUUCCUCCUCCAACAACCGAGAAAGUAAGUGGAAAAGUUUGGUUUUAUCUGGUUCUACUUACUAUUCAAUACGGUGCACAACCCUUGAUUUCCAAACGAUGCAUCAAGCGAGAGGUUAUCGUGACUUCAUCUGUUCUGGCAUGUGAAGUAGCAAAGGUUACUUGUGCACUAUUUCUCAUUAUGAAAGAAGGAAAUUUGAAAAAAAUGUACAAAGAGUGGACUUUGAUUGGUGCAUUGACGGCAUCAGGCCUUCCAGCAGCUAUAUAUGCACUGCAAAAUAGCUUGUUGCAGAUCUCCUACAAGAAUCUAGAUUCCCUUACCUUCUCAAUGCUCAAUCAGACAAAGCUACUUUUUACGGCUUUCUUUACAUAUCUCAUAUUGCGGCAAAAGCAAUCAGUUCAGCAAAUUGGGGGUCUUGUCUUGUUGAUUCUUGCAGCUGUUCUAUUAAGCGUUGGGGAAGGCACGGGCAAGGGCUCUAGUGGCAGUGACGCGGAUCUGAUUUUAUUUCAUGGUAUUAUUCCUGUUCUAGUUGCAUCUGUACUCUCGGGGUUAGCUUCUUCUCUCUGUCAGUGGGCUUCUCAGGUGAAAAAGCGUAGUUCAUACCUAAUGACUGUAGAAAUGUCAGUUGUUGGAAGUCUGUGCUUGCUGGCAAGUACCUACAAGUCUCCUGAUGGAGAACAGAUCAGAAAGCAUGGAUUUUUUUAUGGUUGGACCACAUUCACCCUGAUACCAGUCCUAACCAAUGCUGUUGGUGGAAUCCUUGUUGGACUUGUUACUGCUCAUGCCGGUGGCGUUCGCAAGGGAUUUGUCAUUGUUUCAGCGCUUCUGGUAACCGCUUUGCUGCAGUUUAUUUUUGAUGGAAAACCACCAUCUAUAUACUGUCUUUUGGCAUUGCCACUUGUGAUCAGCAGCAUUUCUAUUUACCAGAAAUACCCUUACAAGCUUAAGAAAAAGUCUUCUUGAAAGAUUUGGAGCUUGGACAUAGUUUUGUUAACAUUAGUAUGACCAUAAAAGUUGAAGAUUAGGCUUGUUGUCAAUGUGACUAAGCCUUAGCCCCUUCCAGAAAUUUCGACUCUGACAGUGGUGACCAGUCUCUGGUACUUAAAUCUUCCAGUUAUUUCUGUUUUUCUAUUGAUUUCUAACCCUGCAGAGUAUAAUGAAGUUGGAUUAUUUCUGCUCUUAACAUAUAUGAUAAUUUUAGGAAGGGUAUAUAUGAAGGUUAUGCAUGUCAUAUGGUAGUAAUUGUUUUUUCUUAAUUUUAGAUAUACAAUUUUAAUAAGAUUCGUACAUAUGGUACAAGCCUUACAAGGUGAUAUUUAUGUUCUAAAAAAGUAUUAAGUUCUGUGCCUGGAACAAUUACCCCUAUGCGGGAAACCCUUCCCAUAUGACAAUUUAAUUCCUGUGGAGACUUGGUUGUAACUGCUUAACAAUUCUUAAUAGCUGUAGUUCUCUUUCA